CGUUGCAAUCUGGUGCCUGCUCACCGAUAAUGUGCGUGUGGCCAAGUGCCCUCAGGUCGGUGUUGUUUUGAAUAAUCCGUAGGAGAAGCCUCGACGAUAAUAGCUUCAGUUCCUACACUAGGCAUGGUGGAGCCAGCCAAUCGCCACCGCUCCCGCCGACCGGAGGGGCCUCUUAUCGCACCAAAAAGGAAAGGGGGGCAAAAAAACACAGGAAGAAAAUUCCCUCCAGGAUUCCAGCAAAAAAAAAAAAAAAAAAAAAAAAAAGCUUUCAUGCCACGGCCAUAGAGUCGACCAUUCUCUGGGCGAAUCCCAGAGAAGCGAGAUGGGGCGUCCGUACCCGCCGUCUCCAUCGGGCAGCCUGCCACCGCUGAACGCUCUUGGGUCCCUGACCGAAGCCCAAAUCUUGGCUCAUCUCGAGAACCUGGUGGCUCUGUACUGCCCGCUGGCCUUUGGCACCCCGGCAGACAAGGACAGGUCUGCGAGCGAACAACCGCUGGCGGAUUCCGGCUACGCCUCCGAGACGGAGCAGCUCGGCGGGGAGCUCGGCGAGGAGCUGCUGAGGCUGGAGACGCUGCGGGCCGACGCCUUCGAGCGCAGGACGGCGGAGCGAUGGCUGACGGGCUUCAUGGCCCGCGCCGAAGCGCUCGCCUGCUUCUCUUCUGACGCCGCCCGGCAGCACGCCCUGGACCAGGCCUCGUGGGUGCUCGAGUCCUUCUUCGCCGACCCCGCGGACGAGGGCCGGCUCCAAGGUGUGGCAGGCCAAGGCGGCAGCAGCAGCAGCAGCAGCAGCAGCAGCACCGACUUUGCGCGCACCUUCUCAUUCGAACUGCCUCCUCGGAUUUCCGUUUCCGUAAUCGAUAACAACGUGAGCGCGGCCGGAGAGGAGAAGCAACAGGCCAUCGAGAUACGGCUGAACGACGGCCUCGCCGGGACCAACUCGUCCGAGCCGGACGACGUGGGGCUGCAGAGCUGGGGGGCGUCGAUCGUCUUCUCCAAGAUGCUCUGCGCCGACCCGGCCCGUUAUCUCCUCGAUCCCGCCGUCCUCGGACCGGCGCCGCGGAUCGUCGAGCUGGGCGCCGGCACGGGCCUCGUGAGCCUCGUCCUGGCCUCGCUCCUCCCGCGGCUCGGCAUGCCGCACGCGGCCGUCGUCGCCACCGACUACCACCCCGCCGUGCUCGCGAACCUGCGCGCCAACAUCGCCACCAACUUUCCGGACCGUGAGGACGGGCCGGUCCGGUCCUGUGCGCUCGACUGGGCGGAGCUGCCGGCUGCGUCGGGGGCGUCGCCGCCGCCGCCGCCGCUCGACGCCCCAGCGGACCUCCUCGUCGCCACGGACGUGGUGUACGCCCCGGAGCACGCGGCCUUGCUGAGGGACUGCGCCACGCGCCUCCUCGCGCCGGAGGGCGUCUUCUGGCUGGUCAUGACGGUACGCCCGAACGGCAAGUUCGAGGCCGUCGGCGGGACGGUCGAGGCCGCCUUUGCCGCCGCCGACCGGCCAAAGGGGAGGGACGGGCGACGGCUGGCGAUCCUGGAGUCGGAGCGGAUAGAGAAGCAGAAAGGCAUCGGAAGAGGGGAUGAGAGCCAUUAUAGACUCUAUAGAAUCGCGUGGGCAUAACACGAUCCAUGAUUACUAGACGAUAGAGCUAGAGCGAAUAAUUAAAGGAAGAUAGAGGAGGCAGAGAGGGAGACCGAGGUGUACUGAAUAGAGAGACUUUUUGGGGGGGGAUAAUUAGACAGGCGCAAGUCUCGAGGCCAAGGUAGAAUUUGAAUUCUACGGUUACUAGUCAUAUUAUUUAAUUAGCACCCGCAUAGGCUCAAGGGCUGUAGCUAAUCGGUUCUCUG